CAUAUUCCGCAAACAUCAAGUGUCUACCCAUAAGAGGUUAUCCGAGUUAGUAUAUGCUAUGUAUGCAAAAUGUGAGUGCCUGAGUAUGAAGAGUCAUACGCUAGCUGAGUAUCAUUUAAACUCAUCAAUAUUCAUUUGUGUAGUCCUGAUUUUGGACAGGUAGCAGUGCGUUCGGAGAUAGAAGAAACCGAUGGCAGAAGCCGAAGCGGCAGCGGCAGCGGUAGCAGCAGCAGAGGAGAAAGAGCUUCCGUUGGUUCUGAUACUCAAACCCCUCCCUCAGUUUUUCGACGAAGCUCUUUCAAAGAAAUUCCGUUUCCUCAAACCAUGCGAUGACUCGUCCGUUCCGACUCACCUCUUCCUGACACGACAUGGUGAGUCAGCUCGGGUCAUGGUCUGCACUCCAAACGACUCGAUCGAUUCGGCCACCCUCGAUUGUCUCCCUCACCUCCUAUGUAUCGUCAGUACGAGCACCGGCGUCAACCACAUCGACAUGGCCGAGUGCAGGCGCCGGGGAAUCUCUGUCGGUAACGUCGGGACCGCCUUUUCUGAGGACGUUGCCGACUACGCCGUCGGCCUCUUGCUCGACGUCCUCCGUCGUAUCUCCGCUUCCGACCGUUACGUUCGUCGUGGACUCUGGCCACUGCAGGGAGAGUAUCGGCCUCUUGGUUCUAAGAUCAGAGGCAAGCAAGUGGGGAUCGUUGGGCUGGGUAGCAUUGGCAUGGAAAUUGCGAAAAGGCUGGAAGCUUUUGGCUGCCGCAUUGCGUAUAAUUCAAGGAGAAGGAACCCGUCUGUCUCUUUCCCUUAUUUACCAAACGUUUGUGACCUUGCGGCUGAAAGCGAUGUCAUCAUUGUAUCUUGUGCAUUGACUGAUGAGACCCACCACAUCAUCAACGAGGAUGUCCUCUCAGCACUGGUAAAGGAUGGAGUCGUCAUUAAUAUCGGACGUGGACAAUUAAUUGAUGAAAACGAGCUCGUGAAGUGCUUAGUGCAAGGAGAGGUUGGUGGUGCCGGUCUCGACGUGUUUGAAAAUGAGCCUCACGUGCCUCAGGAGCUCUUUGUAAUGGAUAAUGUAGUGUUGUCCCCUCAUAGCGCUGCGCUGACGCCAGAAGCUUUUUCAUCGCUACUUCAGAUAAUCAUUGACAACCUCGACGCCUUCUUCUCCGGUAAACCUUUACCAUAUACAGUGGAGUAAUGGUUGUAAGCCAUUGUUUCUUUCCAUAAUCUGUAUUGUUCUUUUUUAUUUUUUUACAAAUUUAAUAAUGGCUUGAAUGAAUUGGUGUACCAUCUCAGUCACAAAUGCUCCCUCCUUAGAGAUGGGAAGCUUUGAUUAAGAGAACUUGCAAAAAAUAGAGCCUAGUGCUUAAUUUAGUUUGAAUUGAUUUUUGACAAAAGUUAUCUAAAUAGAUUGUUUGGGUGAGUUUGGUUGAUAUUUCAUGAAAUUUGGUGCAACCAAACACACCCUCAACUAAAAAACAAUACAUC